CGCGGUCAGGUGGUGCUCCUCGAGGAAAACACGGAAAGUGACAGUCGUGUGGAGUGUGGACCUGAGAUACAAACGAAAUUAGAGGAGGAUCAAGCGGUGACUGACUCUGAUACCUCAGAAUCUCUUUUUUAAAUACACAAAACGUCGAACACCAGAUUGAAUGAAAAUUUGAGAAAAGGCAUUAUUUUAUUCAUAUUGAUGGAAAAAAUAUAGAUAUCUGAAAUUUACUUGCAGGAGAAUCCUGUAGAGAUGUGACAAGUCUUUAGUCUUUCGGCCUUUUAAAAAGCUGAUUAUUUUCAUCAAUAUAUUGCAUCAUAUCCUACAGCAUUAUGAUACGUAGCCAAAGACGACAUCAGGGCCUGCAGAGCGGGAUAUUCUUGCUGGGUAUGCAGGUCAUAAACUUUGGACUUGAUAGAAUACCACCUGCUACUCUAAUUGGAGUCGUCGCACAGGCUUUAUUGUAUAUCGGAGUGAUACGAGUGCCGUGGAACGCGGAGGAUGUAUGCAUAUCGGCCGUGAAAAUAAUUAAGUACAAAGACUGGCGGUCGUUCUUCCUUUCGAACUUCGAGCAUGCGUCCGAUAUGCAUCUGUACUACAACAUGCUCUCUUUCAUUAUGAAAGGUUAUUAUUUGGAGCCCAUCUACGGAACGGCAAACUUUGUACUCUUACUUGGUGUAUUAUCCGUCGGAUGUAGCGCUAUGUAUGUAUCCCUGGGAUACGUACUGAUGCAGUUAACAGGGGAUUAUGGAUAUUUCACGGCUUGCGCCAUCGGCUUUUCCGCCACGUUAUUCGCAUUGAAAGUCGUUGCGCUGUGCGAGGAACGCGACAAACUGCACUAUAUCAGCGGAUUUAUAGUGCCAAGUAAAUUAGCGGUGUGGUUUGAGCUAGUAUUGAUACACCUGCUGGUCCCAAAUGCUUCCUUCGUCGGUCACCUGGGUGGUAUUCUAGUUGGAUGCUUAUAUUCUUAUACAUUCGUUGGAGAAAUGAUCGAUAACUUGAUACACGCGAUAACUGGUACACCUAUCAUACAUGAAGAACAAUUUUAUAGAAGGCGGAACGGGUUAUUUACGUAACAUUUUCAUCAAUCUAACUAUAUAUGCGGCUCUAUUCUAAUAUAAUAAAUGUUUAAUAUCGAAUUGGGUCGUUAUACAAAAGAUGAAGUACAACUAGAGAGAGUUUAUAUUUUAAGACUUCUGUGAUCCUGAACAAUAAUGUAUAAUUAAAUAUAUUAAUACGUAAUGAAUACAUAUAUUUAUACAAUUUUAUGGAUUAUUUUUGAUUACGAUUUGUUUAAAAUAAAAAAUAAAUGCUUAUAAUUUCCUACUUUCUCAUUUUGAUCACUAAAUUCAUAUAAUCCCUAUAUAAAUAUUGACAUAUCCUGUACGAUGUACAUAUGUUUAUUUUUUAAUAAUUUAUCCUGUUUAAU